AUGGCGAUCCGAGGCACAAGCGCGACGCAAGACGGGCGCUACUUGGCGCAGGAGAAGAAGCAGCUGGCGAAAAUGACGUUCCCGUCCUGCUUCACCCAGCGCGUGGACAUGCGCAAAGUGCAGCGCGAGGUGAUCAACCAGUGGGUCACGGAGCGCAUCACGCAGCUGCUGGGCUUUGAGGACGAUAUUGUGGUGUCGAUGGCGAUCAAUUUGCUGGAGCCCGAGGUGAACGAGACGCUGGAUCCCAAGCAGCUGCAGGUGGCGCUCACGGGAUUUUUGGAGAACCAGGCAGGUGGGUUCAUGCAGGAGCUGUGGCAGCUGCUGCUUAGUGCCCAGAGCAAUUCCACGGGCAUUCCAAGCGCUAUUCUGGACAAGAAGAAGCAGGAGAUACAGGCAAUUGCACAGGAAAAGGAGCAGCUGAAGAAGGUGCUGGACUUGAAGAGAGCAGAGGGAAGAGUGAGCUGCGCGAGAGACGGAGAUCGAGGGCAGAAGAGACAGGAGAAGGAGGUUGUCGCGUCUGUGAUCGACACUCGACGCAGUCCAUCGGGACGGAACGACGAUGGAAGGGAAGACAAAAGACCUUCGAGAAGUAUACUGCAACGUCGUCGCAGCCCCGUGCGACGUUCGCGUCGGUCCACGAGUCGACAGCGACGUCGUCGCAGUCCUGUGCGACGUCCGCGUCGGUCGAUGAGCGUUGAGAGACGAUCAAAGAGUCCGCGAAGUCGUCGUCGACGCUCGAGAAGUCCGCAUGGUCGUCGUCGAGACUCGCCUGGUCGACGUAGAAGGUCGCCGAGUCCACGAACGAGAAGACGGUCGCGCAGCUCACCUCGCGGUCGCUUCAGAAGACAGAGAUCGCGGUCGCCGUCAGUGAAACGCCGUCGUAAACGCAGGAGAGUGGAUGGUUGGAGAGAUACUCUUUCGGGUGUGGUUUUUGUUCUGACUGUGCAUUGUUUAUGGACGUUGAGUACUGCAGGUCAUUGUCGUGGUCACCCGAUAGAGCGCACGAACGACGAUCUUCUCGUAGCCGAAACUCGUCGAAACGCAAGAGCAGUCAACGCCUUCGUCGCUCUCCAUCCAGCUCUUUGUCGGAAUCCCAGCAUGACUCAGGAUCUUCUACCAGCUCGCCUUCACCUGCUUGCCGCCGCUCGAUGA